UGUGUCAUGUGUUCCUGCCUCUUGUUUCCUUAUUUGGUCAUGUUCCUGUCCUUGUUAAGUGUGAUUAUUAGUUAAGUCUUGUCCAGCUGUGUUUUAGUAAUUAUCUGUGAUUGUCAUGUGUAUUUAGUUCCUGCCCGUUUAGUUAGUUUUUGUCUGGUCUACUCGUUAUUCCCCGGUGUUCCCGUCUGUGUCAACCUUGUCUUGCCCUGUCCUGAUGUCAUCAUUAAAGACUAUUAUUUUGAAGUUUAUUCUCGUCUCCGUGUUCCUCGUUCCUCCCUGCUGUGUGCACCGUGACAAUUAAAGUGCAUUAGGUACAAAAUUAGUUGUUCCAAUUUAGCAGACUAAGUAUACCAGUUUAGUAAACUAAAAGUACAGUUGCAGGGUAUUUUUUUAUUAAGUACAUUUGUAGUAUACUUAAAUUUAAACAAAUGUAUUUCAAAUACAUUUUAGUAUAUUUAUUUUUCACUAUAGGGUAUAAAUUCUAAAAUACACGUUAUGUCAAAAUUAUGACACUGUUGAAUACCAACUUUUGGAUACAGUUGAGACAUGAAAGUGGCCCCAGCAACCAGUUGCAAAGCAUUUUUUAAUUUUGUUAACUUUUUUUAGACCAGUUGUUAAGCCAAAAUAACAUUUUAAGUUAGAUCAACCUUCAUCAGCAUGUACAGUAAAACAUUAAGUAGGCCUUAUUUGUUAAAUAGAAAGUUGAAAAACUAUUAGUUUAACUUCAAGAAACAAGUUCUCAAAACAGUUUAGUUCAAUUUACACACAUUCAAUAAUUCCACAAAUUUAACCUAAACAAGAACACAAAUCACACUAAUGGUGACUUAAACAAAUAAAAUACCAAAAACACUAAAUAAACAUUUUAUCUUUCAUUAUAAAAGACAACUAUAAAUGUACAGAUCCUCAUAAUUCUCCAUGUUUUGACCAACCACAUAAAACUAAAUUAUUCAAGCGCAAGGGAUUAUGGGUAUUCCCACCAGGCCAGCCACAAGGCUUAUCAAGUAGAUAUGCUCAGAUGCAAGCUUUAUAAGCUUUAUUGAAACCAAAGUCAAACUGUCCCUUUUACUGCAGCAUGUGUGUAGUAACAAAAUAGAAGUUGGAUCUCUUACACUGUAAGUGCCAGGCUGCGUUUUGUCUGUUCGUUUCUCUCUGUGACAGGCUGGUUUAAUUCCUCUACUGUAAUCCUAUUACAUCACACCAUAUUAUUACCUAGAUGCAACCAUGAUGUCCAUGGCAUUACUAUCUGAGACAGUACACAGCAGAGACAGGUACUCACAGCAAACACUCAGGUAAGAAUGACAUUUUUCUGUUGUUUACUAUACCUACAUACAACAGAUUGAAAUAUUGAAAUCGUUAAUGACCACUUAAGCAUGUUUCUCUGAGAAAUUUCUUUCAGUAUUACUGUAUAUGCAGGAUGCUCAAACAAUACAAAAAAUGUGGUGCUUUUGAAACUGCUACAACACUCUGCUUAAAAUAAAUAAAUAAAACCUGGUGAACAAUAUAUUUAAACUAAUAAUGUUUAAUUAUGCAAAAUAAACUCAACGAUUUAAAUUUUUGGUGUUUACUGCAACAAAACAUCGAAAUCCUGCAUAGGCCUUGGAUAGACCUGCUGUGCAUGACAACUGCAACUAGCACUUUUGCUAAUGGAACUUGUUGAUGAGUGGUAAAAUAGAGGGAUGACAAGGCCAUUUGUAGGAGCUGGAUUGAACAAGAUUACUUCUGACGUAUUUCUGAGAAUGUCUUGUUCGCAGAAUCCAGAGUAAUAGCUUAUCGGCACAUUUUUUUGCUAUGCUCACAUGCACAUCGGUAGUGUUUUGAGAAAACCACAUAAAUGUAGGUGGUUAGUUUAGAUAGAGAUGCUCAACAUUUCAUUAUUCAGGUUUCAUAUACAUGUAGCAUUAGUACAAUACUUUUACAUGCAAGAAAACAUUACUCACACCAAUAUAAUCUGAUUCUAAUUCUAAUCCAACACCAUUAGCAGUAAUCUGCUAAUUCCACCUCAACCUGGAUAAUUGUAAUAAACUCUGACAGUAUCAAGAGCUCAUGCAACAGAAAUAAAAUCUACUUUGACUAUGAAGACUAACCACACUAGCGCAACCAAUCACAACAUAAAACUUCCCAUCUGCUUGUUCAUCUAAUAUAAAACAGAGUAAGGAAAUGUCAACCACCUCAGGCCAUUUCUUAGAGGAAGUUGCACAAACUGGAGAUAUUCAGAUGGAGCAACAACUUACUAUUAUUUAAACGGAAACCACAAGCACAAACAAAUGUGUAAAGACAAAAAAUAUUUCAUAGGAACUGUAAUUUCUAUCAUCAGGUCUCCUUAGAGGAUUCAUCAUGUCAGGUUCACUUGAGAUAGAGGAACUACCAGCAACACAAACAGGGCCCAAAGGUGUGAUCCAUGACUGGAGGAAGUUCAAACUUGAGAGUGAGGACCAUGAAAGCGUCCCUCCAAAAAAGAGAGAGCUCCUCAGACAGAUGUCUAACCCCAAAUCCAGUAAUGAUGAAAAAGUCAACCGCAAGAUGAGCAUUCAGGAGUACGAAAUGAUCCAAGAAGAGGACGAGAGUUGUCUGCGUAAGUAUCGCAGGCAGUGCAUGCAGGAGAUGCACGAGCGCCUGAGUUUUGGGCCUAAAUUCGAUGCUGUGUUUGAGCUGGAUAGUGGGGAGGCCUUCUUGGAUGUCAUCGAGAAAGAGCACCAUCUGACCCUAGUGGUUGUGCACGUCUAUGAUGACGGGAUCACAGGAUGUGACGCUCUCAACAACUGCUUGACUUGCCUGGCAGCAGAGUAUUCCUCUGUCAAAUUCUGCCGAAUCCGAGCCUCUGCCACAGGAGCGGACGAGCGUUUUCCAGACGACGUGCUGCCCGCCCUGCUGGUGUACAAGGCUGGAGAGCUGCUGGGCAACUUUAUGUGCAUUACAAAGCAUCUGAAUGAGGAGUUCUUCGCUAUGGAUGUGGAGAACUUCCUAAAUGAGUAUGGUCUGCUGCCAGAGAAAGAGUUUGCAGCCUGUUCCGUUGAGGAAGUGAAUGCCGACGUGGAAUAAUUGAGGAAGUUCAAAGGGUGGAAGUGAAUUAUAUUAGUCAACCUGUCAGACUUGUUUCAGAGAUAGAUCGAGUAAUGACGCUCUGACUGGGCCAUGACUUCAACAAACACGCACACCUCAAGGCAUUUACUAACACGUGAUUUACAGCGGUUAAAUACUUCAUAGUGUUAUCAAAGGCACACAGUCAUGCUCGUUUCAUUUGCCAGGGUUCCCACAAGUUUUGACUAAUGAGUUUCCGUGUGUUUUCCAUGCCCUUUAGUUUGCGAUUUCUGGAUAAGGAUUCUUCAAAAACCAUUCAAAUUUAGAUUUACUCACUCAUGAAUCAUUUUGACCGGUUUAUGAAGCAGAUUUGCAGUGAAAGUGAAAUGACUCACAAGAACGAUUCGUCAGAUCCAUAGGGAAGUUCUCUACUGUAUCACGACUCAGUGCUUUGGUCGACUCUUAAGUACUGACUUGAUAUCCUUUCCCAAUCCUGCUCCCCUGCCUCUCCUCAAAACUUAUAUGACUAUUUAAGGCAAAAAUGCCCCACUCACAAAUUCAACAUUAUUAUGGUUUGCAAAGAAGCUGAUGGAAUAUUUUGUUAAGGAGAUAAUAAUGUAUACUAUGUUCACGGGUUUGUGGUCAUUAUUCAUUUAUUUAUUUUUUAAAUAAGAUAAUAUCUUCAUUCAUCAAGAAUGCAUUGAAUUGAUCAAAAUUGAUCGUAAAGCCAUUUAUAAUUUUAC